GAAAACAGCUAAGAUAAACUCGUUUAAUUGAGCAAAAAUUUAUUGCAUUGUACAUACCUAUUGUUUAUAAUUUUUUUAUGAAAUAAAUUAUUAAGAUGAAUAUUACACAAACAAGCUUAGAAGCACUUAUUUUAAAAGCUACUCACGAAUCAUUACCGGCUCCCGAUGCAGCGGCUGUAGAAGCAUUCUGCACGAUUAUGCGAGACUCUGCCGAAGGUCCCCAACUGGCAGCGCAAGCUCUGGCCACACGUAUCCACAGUCCGAAGGCCCGUGAAGCGCUACUUGCAUUGAUGAUGUUAGAUCGCUGUAUGCGGCGAUGCGACACGCCUUUCCAUGCGGAAAUCGGAAAAUUUCGCUUUCUUAAUGAAAUGAUAAAAUUAGUGUCACCAAAAUAUUAUGCAGAUCGUACAGCGCCAGAAGUAAAGACAAGGGUUUUGCAGUUGUUCCAUGCAUGGUCUAUAGAAUAUCAUAAGGAGUUUAAAUUCAAAGUAGCAUAUGAGAUGUUAAAAAAUCAAGGUGUGAUAAGAGAGACACCUCCUCCUUUACCGCCAGAUGAUACACCUCCAGUACAUAAUCGAGCAAAAAGUACUAUAUUUGAAGAUGAAGAGAAAUCUAAACUGUUACAAAAAUUAUUACAAAGUAAAAAAUCAGAAGAUUUACAACAUGCCAAUAGACUUAUAAAAACUAUGGUUAGAGAGGUAGAACGUCAGAAUGAGGCAAACAGCAGACGCGCACAAGAAGUUAGUGCGGCUCUAGAUAGUGCCGGGCUAUUACGUGACAUGCUACUGGCAGCCAGUGAUGCUUCAUCGGACGAGGAGCAACUGAUCCACGAGCUACACUCAACUUGCAUUAGACUUAGGCCCAUUCUGCAGCAACUGGCUGACAAUGACACACAAGCAGAAUAUCUUAGUGAUAUUUUACAUGCCAGUGAUGUGAUAGAUGAAGUCUGCGAGAGGUACAAUGUUUUCUUAAUUCAGAAAAAAGCAAAUGAACAAAUGACAGAACAGGCAUCGUUGAGCGGUGAAAGCUUACUUGAUUUUGCUGGAGCAAGUACUACUUACAUUCGAAAGAAUGUGGCCCCGAAGAAAGAUGAAAAGCCAGCAAAUGUUAUUGAUGAACUAGGCGAUAUAUUCGCUGCUAGCAGUGAAAGCACUAAUAAUAUUGCUGAACCAUUAAAGCCUGUUGCAUUGAUGCCCACUGCAGAUGAUGUCGACUUGUUGGGAGACAGAUCUAAUAAACAUGAAGGUUGGAACGAAUUGGAUUCCCUUGGAGAAGAACUAUUAAAACAAUCUCUACCAGAGAAUGCUAAACGGAUUGAAAACUUUAAUAGUAAAACAUCAACAAAGGUACCAAUGAACGCAUUGGCCUCACCAAAACAUGAUGUGAAUUUACAGAACAACGGCGCAUUACUAGAUUUAGAUUUCUUCACCAAGAAACCUCAGGAAUGUAAACCUGUAACUGCGUCAACUUCUAAAGAUGUGACACCCAGCGAUGACAUCAUGGUGGAUAUUAGCACAGACGUUACUGAUGCAACUCUCGUUUUGAACAACAAUACUGAGUGUAAUUUAAAUAAUAUAUUGGAUUUCGGAUUAGACAAUGCCAAAAGUGAAACAGUAAUUGAUAAGGAAACUAGUGUUAUUGAAAAGAAAGAAGUAAAUCAUAAGAAUAACGAAGUGAAACCGUUGACUGAUAUAAAUGUUACGUUGCAAAACGUAAGACCCAGUAAAUUACAGCCGCUUACAGUGUUUGAAGAGGAAGAAGGUGUGACAGUUGUUUUACAUUUCUGCCAAGAUAAACCGAGGCAAGAUGUUAAUGUUUUAGUCAUAUCGACUACAAGUAAGAAUAAAUUGCCCAUCGAAGAUUAUAAAUUCCAAAGUGUAGUUCCUAAAGGUUGUAAAGUUCGGCUACUGACACCGUCCGGGACGUCACUGCCGGCGUACAAUCCAUUCCUGCCGCCGCCAGCCCUGACGCAGGUCAUGCUGCUCGCGAAGCCGCCUUCUAUGAAUAACAUUAGCCUGAAAUUCGUUAUCACGUACACGUGCGACGAGGAGGUGUAUUCAGAAAUCGGCGAAGUCAAAGAACUGCCUCUAGAGAAAAUCUAACAUAAUCUUUAAAACAUUAAAAUGCAGUCGGUGAUCGGUGCAAUUGUUGGAUCCGGAGAAAUUAGAUAAUGAAUAAUCAGAUAAUGUUUAUUAAAAAAAUAUAUGGACGCAUACUGAACACUAAAACCGGCUUCAAAUUGAUACAUCGAUAGAACCGGAGUGUUGACUAUGAACUAAGUAACCAUUCUUUUAUUCAAAUAAAAUAUCUUGCUACACCUUUUAGCAAAUCUCAUAAUUACUAAAUAAUUAAGUUUAUUCAUUAAAUGUUACAGAGAACAAAACAAUUUUACUUAGUUUGAACUGUCGUCUGUCAAGCGAUAUUAAUGCGCGUACGCUAUCCUACCGCGCUUGUUUAAAAUUUCGCGCUUUGACAAUUAUUAAUAUUGUAUUUUAUAAAUCGGUACUAAAAAAAAUGAUAAUUAAUAAUAUUGAAUUAAAGUAUGUACAUUAAGAAUUAUAUCUAGUCGUCGCUGUAUUAGCGAACAAAAAUGUACUUAUUAACAUUCCUAAUGCGAAUAUUCUUAUUUGUAUUUAAUAGUUAUUUAGUUUUAUUACACUAAAAAUUGACGUCUUUUAUAUAAUUGAAUCCUAAUGUUUUAAAAAAAAGUAUUUAAAUUUGACGUACAA